UUGUACUGCACAUAAUAUUUACAGUCUUAUCAUAUUUAUUUCUACUUUUUAACUGUAAAUUCUCAACUAGAAAUGUUAGUUUAUAUUCUUAUUCUUAUGCAACAAAAGAUGUUUACAAUGUUUGUAGGAAGAAUCCAAGAAGCAUUGCAGAGGCAUGCAUUUUUGACUUUGUUUUUAAAUGCGUGUAUUGACAAAGUGUUUUGUCUCUGAGAAUUAUAUAUUAUAUAUAUGUCAAUAAUAUGUUUGAUUUGUUUCAAAUUCUUGCUAAUAUUUUUCUUAUUUUAAGAGUAUUAUUUGCAUACUUAUAUUAUUUCCACACUUUGUAUAUAGUGUACCCCAAUAAUUCUAUUUUUUUUUAAUUAUAAUCUAUUUUAAUCUAUUUUAUUUCAACAGAUGUUGAACUUGUGUAAGAAAUUUAUGACGUUCAUUUUUGUUAAAUUUGCAGAAACAUAAAGUUACAAAGCGAACAGACCUGUUUUAGAUUUGUGACAAGAACAGUGUAGAAUUUUCAACUAAUCACUAUAUUCUUUGAAUGAUUUAGUUUAUCAUAUUAUUCAAAAAUAGUUUACAGGAAGGUUUAAUAAGCCUUUGUUUAUAUUGGCAUAUAUUUUUUAUCUUACGUUUUGUUUUAUUUGAUACUCAGUGUAUAAGUACGAUGGCCGAACCCAUAAAUUUUUUAUAGUGUCAGGACUAAAAGAAAACUGAAUUAAACCACAAGUCUGUCUCAUUAUGCUGAGGGGAAGUGUAAAGAAAAGGCAUUGUUAAUUUAUAUGGAGUAACUGCGGUGUUUGAGUUGAUAAACAAAUGGUUGAUGAGCCAGCUGUUAUAUUAUCUCUUUCAAAGAUUAAUACAAAUCUUCAGACAUUAGAAGGACGAGCAGUUCGAACAUAUGGAAGGAUAGAAUCAUUUGAUGUGGGCACAUGCCAUCUAAGAAUAUCUAACGAGUCAGCUUUCUUGAGCAUAAACACCACACUAGUUCCAGACUUCAACGGAAAAACUGGCAAUAUUGGGCAGUUUAUAGGUGACAUUUCAGAUGGUAAAUUAAAUUUAAAAUCCUACCAAGAAGUCAGUGAUAUCGAUUUAAAAUUGCUUUGGAAAGUUUUGGAAAAACGAGAGCUAUACUUAAAUAACACAGAUAUCCAAGCUGCUUGGAGAUAGUUUUUAGAUAUGUCGCAUAGAAAUUGUUCAGCUUGUACACCCCCUCCACGUUCACAAAAGUCAUACACAGGUAAAAAUGUACUUGAUAUUCGCAUGGUGAGUGGGAAUCCUCAAGGUGCAUGGAUUGAAUGUUAUAAUAACACAUAUGACGAAGAUGCACAAGCUGGCAUUGCAGAAUAUUACGCACAAGUGGAAAAUGAAAAAAUAAACAGGUUUAUUGCUGAAAAAGAAAAGAAACUAAGUGAAUUUCAACAGGAAGUAUCGAAGCGUGUUGCUAGUUUAAAGAAGUUAAAACAAUUGGAAAAACAAAAGCAAUCAUUAAAAUCACUUGAGAACGAGCAGAAUGUUGUAUUACAGAGAACGCUAGGAAUGAAAAUACCUUACAGAGGUACAGAAGAAGAUUUGCAAGCACUGAACAAAGAAUUGCUGAAAUCGUGCAUCAUACCAUGUCGUACCAAUACUCGGCUGAUAAAAAGCGAAAUCGAAGAGUCAAAUCAAAAAAUUGAUGAAAUUACACAAACGAUGAGGGAAGACUCUACUAGAGCUAAGACUCGCUUACUAUCGCGAAUGGUGCAGGGUGAAGACUUUACGAGUCUUCCUGGUGGUUUGUGGACAUCUCCAGUAAAGCAAGAUUCAUCAAUUAGUAUCCAUCCUCCAGCAAAACCACCUGUUGUUAACUGGGCCUUGCAAGAUACAUGGACCGGCGACAAUGCAAUUAAAUCAUGUGUUAGCGAAAACAAGAAAAAAGAAGUAGAAGAGAACGAACAAAAAGGUCUUGCGGAGGAGAGCGAGCAAAAGGAAUCGAAGAAAGAAGAGAAGGUUUGUUGUGGAGAUGAUAAAUCUAUACCUGAAGAACGUUUUGAACUUAGCGAACUGCAAAGAAACUUGAUAUAUGAUCCUGUAAACUUUGGACAGCAGGCCGAACAAGAAAAAAAACAGAAAAAAAUUGAAUAUUGGAAAUAUCGCAAAAUUUUUAUGGACAUUGAACGCGAACAAGUGCGAGAAAGAAGAAGACGCCAGGCUCACAAAAAGCUGAUUGAACGGGUAAAGAUUACUAAAGAAAGAGAAAGACAAAUGGCUGAAGAACGAGUGACAGAAUUUACAGAAAGAAUACUUUAUACUGAUGAUAAACAACAUCCUUAUUGUGAUGAGGACGAUGAGGAAAGGCAACCCGUGAAAAAUAAACUCAAAGAGAGAGAAAUAUACAGAUACAUCAAUGCUCUUCGUGAAGUUGCAAAAGAAAGGAUAAAAAUGAGUCGUGUAGCAAUCGCACCAUUAUGUCAGUGCGGACCAUCCAUAUGGGAUGCUCACCCUACCACAUGCGCAAAUAAUUGUAAAUUUCACAAAAAUCCCAAAGCUUAUGUGAAUGCAUUGACGGCAGCAUUGGCAAAUAGUCGGUAACGAGCUUCCAUUGAAUGUAUAUAUUUUGUAUAUUUUAUUAUAUAUUUAUUAUAUUGUAUAUUUGGAAAAA